AAGGGCACGGUCGAAAAGGGCACCGGUCGAAAAGCGCACCGGUCGAAAAGCGCACCGGUCGAAAAGCGCACCGGUCGAAAUGCGCACCGGUCGAAAAGCGCACCGGUCGAAAAGCGCACCGGUCGAAAAUCGCACCGGUCGAAAAGCGCACCGGUCGAAAAGGGCACCGCGCACCGGUCGAAAAGCGCACCGGUCGAAAAUCGCACCGGUCGAAAAGCGCACCGGUCGAAAAGGGCACCGGUCGAAAAGGGCACCGGUCGAAAAGGGCACCGGUCCAAAAGGGCACCACUCGAAAAGCGCACGCGCACCGGUCGAAAAUCGCACCGGUCGAAAAGCGCACCGGUCGAAAAGGGCACCGGUCGAAAAGGGCACCGGUCGAAAAGGGCACCGGUCCAAAAGGGCACCACUCGAAAAGGGCACGGUCGAAAAGGGCACCGUCGAAAAGCGCACCAGGGGAAAAGCGCACCGGUGAAAAAGCGCAUUGGUCCAAAAGGGCACCGGUCGAAAAGGGCACCGGUCGAAAAGCGCACCGGUCGAAAAUCGCACCGGUCGAAAAGCGCACCGGUCGAAAAGGGCACUGGUCGAAAAGGGCACCGGUCGAAAAGGGCACCGGUCCAAAAGGGCACCAGUCGAAAAGGGCA